UAAACAGGUAGCUAGGCAACACCGGCGCGUACGGCAGCUUGUUGAAGCUUAGCUCGAUCGCGUGUGUCCGUCCGUCCAUGGCGCCGUCGGAGAGGAUGCUGGAGUCGGCGGCGUACACGCGGAUGAAGGCGGAGAACCCGUCCGAGUUCGUGCCGCGGAGCGUCUUCUUCGCGCGCGACGGCGGCAGCGGCAUCGACCGCCGCAACAGCCUCUGGGUCAAGGCGGCGCUCGUCUACGAGUCCGUCACCGGCCGCCACGUCGACGACGGCGCCAAGCCCCUCGCUACCAGCCUCCUCCUCAGCCUCGCCCGCGAAUGUCGCUUCCGCAUCCACCCCGACGACGAACGGCCACCGGCGCCGCAGACCAAAGCCGCGGUGGUGACGGACGUCGUCAACAAAGUAUCGGGCGCCGUGGCUACGCCUAUUGCCGGCGCGGGCGGCGGAGAUGGAUCAGAGGAGAAGCAGAGCAAGACGGCGGAGAUGCACGACGAAGAAAAAGAGUCGGACGACAAGCAGGUGAUCGACGCCGUCUUUCUCGUCGUCGGCUUCCUCACGAGGCUGGUCAAGGCCGCCGAGGGCGUCGGCCGCGACGCCGUCGACGAGGGGUUCAAGUCCACGCACAUGCAGGACAUCGUCACGGACAUGAUCAAGCUGGAGAACCAGCACCCCCUCAAGCUCAUCCUCGAAGUCGUCGGGCACGUCCAGGACGCGGCACGCCACGUCGCCGCCGACGCCAGGUUCGAGGGGCUUCGGCAAUGCCUCGAGGGUUACAAUCUGGGGUUCACCUCCGCCACCUUCUUCGACGUCGUCGUCAGGCCCUUCUGCUGGUAUUACUCGCCCUUCUUCAACAAGCAGCUGCCGGCCGUGGACCGCGGCCUGUUCGACGGCAACCACGAGAUCGCGCUCCUGGACUUCCUCCACGCCAGCGUGGUGCCGACGCCGCCGGACGCGGAGAAGGGGGCGGCCGCCGGCGGCAGGACGUCCCGCAUGCCGACGGCAAGGGAGCUGAGCCGCUCCGGCGUGCGGAUCGCGCCGGGGGAGGACGGCCGCGCGACGGUGGAGUUCGACGAGGCGUCCGCCAGGCUGCAGCUGCCGGCGCUGGUGUACGACUUCAAGCUGGCCACGGUGGCCCGGAACCUGCUGGCGCGGGAGUACGAGGAGCAGAACAAGCCCGUGACGCGCUACUUCCAGAUGAUGAACGAGCUCGUCGACGAGGCGGCCGACGCCAAGAUCCUCCGCCGCGCCGGGGCCGUGCGCUGCGGCGGGGCGUCCGGCGCCGAGGUGCACGAGCUGGUCAAGCGGAUCGACGGGUACGCGACGUACCCGUCAGUGUACAUGGCCAUGGACGUGCAGAUCGCGAAGGUGAGGCGGUUCCACGACACGAGGAUGCAGAACUUCCUCGUCCGCUACCGCCCCGGCGUCAUCUGGGCGUCGUCGGUGGCCGCCGUCUCCUUGGUGGCCAUUGUUGCCGCCAGAAGAAGGGGGUGAGGAAGCCAACGGCCCGUGCAAGCCAUACGUGCACUCAUUAAUUCAUUGCUGAUUGGAGAUUGUACAUAGUUGUACAACAAAAAUGCUAGACAUACAAAGACUUGCACGCUUUUACACGCUCCUUCCAUCUAACAACCAAUCACAAACCUCUUCCCCCUGAUUUUUAGGGGGGGUGGGCCGCCCCGCUCACCUAUUGACCAAUCAAGGUUAACCAUCCUGUAAAAGCCUGUAAAUCGUUUGUACGUGUAGCAUUGCCGGUUGUACAAUUUGAAGUGUAAUGUUGUGUCUUGUGGUAAUGUGUACCGGUGUACAAUGUGUAAGUGCAAGCAAAGAUGACUAGA